AUGUUUCAAAUCGGGAGCCUCGUCGUCCUCUGUGGGCUGCUGGCCCAGACCACGGCCCUGCUGGAAGCCCUGCCCGUGCCCUUGGACCAGACUCUGCCCUUGGCUUUGACUCCAGCCCUAGCCCCGAAACCCACAGAUCUUGCUGGAAGCUUGACAGGUGCUCUCAGCAACGGCCUGCUCUCUGAGGGUCUGUUGGGCACUCUCGAAAACCUUCCGCUCUUGGACAUCCUGAAGACUGGAGGGAACGCUUCCAGUGGCCUGCCGGGGGGCCUGCUUGGGAAAGUGACUUCACUCACCCCUCUCCUGAACAACAUCAUUGAUUUGAAGAUCACUAACCCUCAGCUGCUGGAACUGGGCCUCGUGCAGAGCCCCGAUGGCCAUCGUCUCUAUGUCACCAUCCCUCUGGGCAUGAUCCUCAAUGUGAACACGCCCUUGGUGGGGAGUCUGUUGAAGCUGGCUGUGAAGCUAAACAUCACCGUGGAACUCUUAGCUGUGACAGAUGAGCAGAAGCAUGUCCAUCUGGUUGUUGGCGACUGCACUCAUUCCCCUGGCAGCCUGCAAAUCUCCCUGCUUGAUGGAUUGGGCCCCCUCCCCAUUCAAAGCUUUGUUGACAACCUCACUGGCGUCUUGAAUAAUGUCCUUCCUGGGCUGGUGCAGGAAAAGGUGUGCCCCCUGGUCAAUGCAGUUCUCAGCCGCUUGGACGUCACUCUGGUACACUCCAUUGUCAACGCCCUGAUCCACGGGCUAGAAUUUGUCAUCAAGGUCUAA